AUGGCGAAGUCCAACAUUGUUCACUCCCCCCACCCUAGGACCCCAGCCCGGAAUCGAUUGUCCUCGGUGGGCGGCUCCGCGGCCUGCUGGGACCAGCCCCCACCAGGGGGUGGGACUUCGCGGGGAGCCCGCCCACGGGCGGGGCCGCUGGUCUUCGGCUGCCGGAGAGCGGGGAGGAUGCCCAGUCGAUUGCCGAUCAGCCCGGCGAGCAUCAUGGCUUCUCAACCUUCGAGGCGCCUUCUCCUGGUGUCCAACUCGCGGCUGUACGGGGAGGGCUACCUGGAGCACUGCGAACAGCAAAUGCGCAGCUUCUUCGGGGGAAAAGUGAAUCGAGUUCUUUUUAUUCCAUAUGCACUUUAUGAUCGAGAUGCCUAUGCCAAGACUGCAAGAGAAAAAUUUGAAACCUUAGGAUAUGGGCUAGACAGCAUUCAUGAAUCUUCUGAUCCUGUGGAAGCUAUAAGAAAAUCUGAAGCCAUAUUUGUAGGUGGUGGUAAUACUUUCAGACUUCUAAAAACAUUGUAUGAUUUAAAUCUGAUUCCUGAGAUCAGGGAAAGAGUCCUACAUGCAGGUGUUCCAUACAUGGGAUCUAGUGCUGGAACAAACAUAGCCACCAUCAGCAUCAAUACAACCAAUGAUAUGCCAAUUGUAUUCCCACCAUCAUUAGAAGCUUUGGGAUUUGUUCCUUUUAAUAUCAAUCCGCACUACUUGGAUCCAGAUGUUAACAGCACACAUAUGGGUGAGACGCGUGAAGCACGGAUUCUUCAGUAUCACGAGGAGCCACACACCCCUCCAGUGCUGGUAUUGUCUGCUUUUUGCUUCUACAGCCAAUUUCAACAGUGGGAAGCUAAAGAUAAGACCCUAUGCAUAGCUACCAUCCAAGGGCUUUACCUGAUUUUGUGUUUGCCUCUCUCAUCUUUCCUCUACAUUUUUUUUCUUCCACUGCUCCACUUUUCAUUUGCUUCAGCCUAGAAUCUAAGACUAGAAGCACUUUAAAUUACACUCCAAGAAGAAAAUCAGUUUUCUUUACAAGUGAUGAAGAGAUACUGCCAGGGAAACAAAAGUAAGAAAACUAGCUUUCUUCCCAGAAAACAACAACUGGUCAGUCAUCAAGUUAGGACUGAAGCAAGGCUGAUGGACUGGAUAGUUAGGAAGAGCUUUAUUAAAUGCUUUUUGUGUAUCAGGCACUGGGGAAGUCAAAAGGCAAAAUAGGUUUAGGAAGGGGUGAGGCAGAAGGAAAUGACUGGUCACUGAUAUAGGAAUUAUUUCCAAAUGAGUUAAAAAGAUAAAAUUCAACACCAAAUUAUAAGAAAGGAUAAAGAUGUGGUACAAUUAAAACUAAAAAUAUAGAGAGUAAAUAAGGGAACGGACAUUCAACUGAACUAUCAACUUUUGUUAUAUACAUUUAAUCAGUGAAAGCACCUCCCCCAGAGCUAUUUCAAAACAGAAUCAUAAACCAGCCAAAGGCAGCAGUUUUAGGCUGUAAAUUCAUUUGUAAAGUUUUAUGGCUGAGGAGAUAGAACAAUACUUUCUGAUAAUGAGGUAAGCAAUAGAGUAAAAAAAAAAACAAGCUUGUAGAAAGCUAGGAACUAGUUGUUUGGUCUUAUCUCCUGGAGACUUAAGGAAGAAACAGAAAAGCAAACAAGUAAACAAAAACCAUGGAGAUGAUCUUUCAGAAAUUUGGAACUAACCCUUUUCCCUAUUAAUGACAGUGAGGCUACCAUGAAUAUUGUAGCCCCUCGUGUGCUGGGAGAUAAAGUAGAAAUUUUGGGAAAUGCAGCUGAAUUUAGACCAAGCAUAUUCAGAAGUCUGCUCAGAAGGUAGAGUAAUUGUGAGAUUUUUGAGGAAUUCUCAAGCUAUCCAAAAGUCAGAAAUAUUAGAAAAAAUUAGGGACCUUCAACAAGGUGCCUGCCAUGCACCAACAGUCCAUUAUUUAAAAAAUAGCGACCUCUUUAUUGAGUUGUACAAUGGGAAGAGUACUGAUUUUUGCUGAAGUUGCUUACUACUAUCACAGACUAUUUCCAGUUGAAAAUCCAAGUAGAACAGGGAUUCUCCAGUGAUCGGAAGACCUUUCACAUGUUCUUGUUUGGGCAGGACAUGUGUUAUCAAGCUUCCGAUUAUGCAGAACCUCCUACAUAUGAUCCAUAACUACACAAGAAUUUAGCCUCAAGGUUAGACUGUCAUCCAGACGGAGAGGAAGUUGGAUAGAGUCAUUGGUACUUAUCUUAUGGUCAAACUUUGAAGGUGUGUGUUGAACCUGGGCCCAGAUAGAGAAAGCUGAAUUGCAUUUGGAAAAUUCCAUAGUGCGUUUAUUUUUGUUUGUUUUUUGAAUCCUUACCUUCUGUCUUAGAAUCAAUACUGUGUAUUGGAUUCAAGGUAGAAGAACAGUAAGGGUUAGGUGACUUGUCCAGGGUCACCCAUCUAGGAACUGUCUGAGGCUGAAUUUGAACCUAGGACCUCUUGUCAGUGGGCCUGGCUCUCAAUCCUCUGAGCCACGGUGCCCCCACAUAGGGUUUUUAGUAAGGGUCUCCCUCCUCUAGUUAUAAUGAAUUUUAAUUUAUUUUGUAUUUGUUCAUGUUCUCUCUCCCUUUAGAGUAAGUUCCUUGAAAGCAGAGAUUGUUUAAUGUUUUGCUUUACAUUUAUGUGUCCUAACAUAGUGCUCAGCAUGCUGUAGAGUUUAAUAAAGGCCCAUUGAUUGCUAUA